AUGGAGUCAAGUGUAUUCGAGGCACAAAGUCUCUUCUACCAAAGCGCGUAUUCGGGUUGCAUUGAAUUCGCACAGACACAUGCACCGAACGGCAUCACGGAUAAUACGAGUCUGAUUCUCCUUGUGUACGCAGCGCGCGCAGCUCUGGCUAUGGGAGACAUCGCGGGAGCCCGGCAACUGCUGGGCGAUGAUUCAGAGCAGCCUGUCGCCAUGUCCGUACUGCUUCUUGCGGACUUUAUGGAAAUGAAGCGCUCCGGCGACGAUGCGGGCAGCGAAGAUGUGAUUCAACAGCUCAUCAUGUUGCUCGAUGUCGUCGAACCGGGCGAACUUGCAGCCGAAAUUGUGAGAUAUCAAGUAGGCCUGGCUCUGCAUGAAAAUGGUGAUACGAAAAACGCGCUGGAAACAUUGGGUGUGAUUGGAGCUGGAGGAAGUACGGAGCUUGAGUGUAUUGCGCUGGGUGUGCAUAUUCUGCUGGAGAUCCAGCGUGUAGACUUGGCGGAAAAAGAAUAUCUCGCUGCCAGGAAACAGAACGAUGACUCGAUUCUAGUGCAGUAUAUGGAAGCAUGGAUUGGACUUGUGCGCGGUGGGCGAGCUACGCAGCAAGCAUAUUACGUAUAUGAUGAAAUGAGCCAAAACACAAUGAUUGCUCACACGCGAAAUAUGGUUCCAUCGCUAGUUGGCAAAGCUGUGGCGCAGGCGGCUCAAAACGAUGUGCCUGGGGCAACAAAUACACUGAAUGAGGCGUUGGCCCUUGACCCACAACACACGCUAGCGUUGGCAAACCAAGGUGUUGUGCAAUCCCUUGCAAGUGAUGUCACUGUACCUGAGGCGGAAUCCACAACAAAUAUGUAUGCCAAAACAGAGCCAGCAUCUGCACUAGUAUCUUUUUGGGAUACAAAACGCUAUGAGCUGGAACAAGCAGUUGCUGCGAUGCAAUAG